AUGACGGAGAAAGUGACGUUUAGUCGGCAGGGUGAGCUGCUCAAGCUUCCUGUGCCGACCUUGCAGGAAUCGUGCGAUCGCUACCUACGUAGUCUGGAAGCGCUGCAAACACCGACCGAGCAUGAAAACACCAAACGCGUAACCGAGGCCUUUCUGAAGAACGAAGGCCCGCGCAUGCAGGCGGAGUUGGAAGAGUAUGCCAAGACGCACAAGAGCUACAUUGAGGAGUUCUGGGAUGAAAGCUACCUCCUGGGCAACGACAGUGUAGUCCUGAACCUGAAUCCGUUCUUCAUCCUGGAAGACGAGCCGGAUCGUGAGCGUGGCUCACAGUUGUGGCGCGCGGCGACCCUGACGCUCGAGACUCUGCGCUUCGUUCAUGAUCUGCGCCAUGAGGUGCUCAAACCUGACGAUUUCCGCGGUAAGCCGCUGGACAUGUUUCAGUACACACGCCUGUUUGGCGUAGCGCGCAUUCCCGCCUCGCAUGGCUGCUACUUGGAACAGCACGAGGAAAGCCGGCACAUGGUCGUCAUGCGCCGUGGCCAGUUCUACUGGUUCGAAGUGCUGGAUCUUGAGCACCGCCCCCUCAUGACGGAGCAGGCUUUGGUGGCGACACUGCGUAGCAUCAUUAGCGAUGCCGAUCAGCUCCCCGCGGACCAACGGGCGCAUGAAGCCCUUGGUGCACUCAGUACAGAGAAGCGUCGUACGUGGUACCAGUGCCGCAACGAGCUGAUGGCGCACCCUAUCAACCGCAAGUACAUCUCGAUCAUCGAUUCUGCGCUGUUCGUCCUGUGCUUGGACGACAAUGCGCCAGAAGACACGUCGUCGCUCACCCAGAAUAUGCUGUGUGGCUCGUAUAAGCUGGAAAACCAUAUCCAGGUGGGCACAUGUCUAAACCGAUGGUACGACAAGCUGCAAAUCAUUGUGUGUGCCAACGGCAAAGCAGGCAUCAACUUUGAGCACUCGUCUGCCGAUGGCCAUACCGUACUGCGCUACGUGGCCGAUAUCUAUACCGAGUCCCUGCUUGAAUUCGCGCGCUCCAUUCACCCAGCGACGCCGAGCCUUCUCAAGGCACAGCUGAGUCCCCAUGCGCUCGGCAUGAAACGCAAGCCGGGCUCACAGUCUCUGAACGGCUUGGAGCUGAACAAUGUGCGUACACGCACAGCGCCCAAGCGGUUCAUGUGGGACUGGUCGCCCUACGUCCUAGACAGCAUCCGCCAUGCCGAAAUGCGGCUCUCUGACCUGAUCUGCCAAAACGAGGCGCUCGUGCUGGAAUUCAAAGGGUAUGGCAAGCAUUUUAUUACGAAGCAUGGCUUUUCGCCUGAUGCCUUUGUGCAAAUGGCCUUCCAGGCGACGUACUACGAGCUCUAUGGGCGCCUUGCACCGUCCUAUGAGCCUGCGAUGACCAAGGCGUUCCUGCGUGGACGUACAGAGACCAUUCGUACCGCCCAGCCACACACGCUGGCAUUUGUAAAGGCAUGGUACGAUGCAGGCGUCUCGACACAGGACAAGCUUAUGGAGCUGCGCAAGGCCUGUGUCGGACAUGUGAAGCUCUCCAAAGAGGCGGCGUCAGGGUACGGAUUUGAUCGGCACUUGUAUGCGCUGAAGUCCCUGUUCGAGCGAUUGCACCCGGAGGAACCGCUGCCGGAGUUCUUCACAGAAGGCGGAUACGACCACCUGAAUCAUGUGGUCAUGUCCACGUCCAACUGUGGCAACCCAGCCCUGCGAAUCUUUGGAUUCGGCCCUGUCGUCCAAGAUGGAUUUGGCUUCGGGUACAUUAUCCAGGAUAACAAGGUCACUGUGUGUGCCUCAUCGAAACACUUGCAAACGCGUCGAUUCCUCAAUGUGCUGGAACGAUACCUCUACGAAGUGCAGGCCGAAGUGAUUAGCUACUCCUUCUAUGGCGACGAGAAACAAGAAACAAACGAUGAAGUCAUUUACGAUCUUCAUAAAUACGUGGGCAAAAUGAUAUUUGUCAAUGAGUAUGAGUAG